UUUUAUAAGAGCAAAUUAAAGGUGGGGUUUCAUUUGGGUAUUUUGUUUUAAGCCAUACUUUAUUUUGAGAAAAAUAAAUAUUAGAGAGAGAAAAUUAAAAGAAGUGGUAAAGUUGAUUUUUUAGAAUGCACAAAAGAUGUUUGAUGGAAUGCCUGAACAGUUCUACCAAUUCUUAGCAGCAGCAGCCACAACAUCAAGAGCAACACCGCCCACUAAAAUUAUUUCCAACACUACUGCUUCUCUUUCGCUUCCACUCUCAUUCUCUCUCCACCACCACCAGAACCAUGCCGUCGCUGCGGCUGCUUUUCCUACUUAUUCACCACAACCACAACCACCACCACCACCACCUCCACAACUAUCUUUUGAUGCUCCUUACCACCCCCUUCUUCACCACCAUCAUCAUCCUCACUCCCAAUUUGUCACUAGAAACAAUGAAGUUGUCAAAGUCGUUGAAAAUACAACCCUUACCCAUUCUCCUUUAUCUACUCAGCUCCCAACUAGCUUACAAGACAGCGGCGAAUCCCAAAGAUCAUCGUCAGUAAUGAUGUUGCCCGAAAUUCCAUGGUCUAAUGAUGAGAUGCUUGCCCUAUUCAGAAUCAGAUCUAGUAUGGAUAAUACUUGGUUCCCUGACUUCAUCUGGGAAAAUGUAUCAAGAAAGCUAUCAGAGAUUGGAUUCAAAAGGAGUGCUGAAAAAUGCAAGGAGAAAUUUGAAGAGGAAACUAGAAGCUUCAAUAGCAGUAUUAUCAGUACUAAUAAUAACUGCAGCAACAAGAAUACUACUCCAAGUAAUAACAACAAUUACAGGCUGUUUGGUGAACUUGAACAGCUUUGCAACAAUAAUAACAAUAUUAAUAAUAUAAAUGAUGAUGAUAACGUUGAUCAUGGCGGCGGCGGAGGCGGAGGCGGAGGCGAUGAUCAUUGUCCUCAGACUUCAUUGUCCCAAGGGACCUUAUGUCCCGAUGAAGAUGAUAAUGAGGGUGAAAACGAGGAUUGGAAUGAAGGUGAAGAAGAUAUGAUACAAGGUGAUAGAGUAGGGAAUGAUGAAGUGGGUGAAGAUUAUACAAGAAAUGACAAGGACGACUACAAGGAUAAUGUGGAAGGAGAUGAGCAGUCAGUGGACGACAGCGAGAAGACGGAGGAAAAUACAAAGAGGGUAAUGAGGAAGAGAAAAAGACAGAAGAAAUUUGAAAUGUUUAAAGGGUUUUGUGAGAAGAUUGUAAGUAAGAUGAUGACUCAACAAGAAGAGCUACACUUGAAGAUACUUGAAGAUAUGGUUAAGAGAGAUGAGGAAAAGGUUGCAAAGGAAGAGGCAUGGAAGAAGCAAGAGUUUGUGAGGUUAGAAAAGGAGUUAGAGGAUAGGGCACACGAGCAGGCAGUUUCCGGUGACCGCCAAGCUAAGAUCCUUGAUUUCCUUAACAAGGUUGGUACAUCGUCAAAUAUUUUGGACAGCAAGUCUAUCAAAGAAGUAUUCGAGAAACUUAAUAAGGUACCCAACAUUACUUUGUCUAAUUCCUCAGUUUUGACUCAAGACUCUAUUAUUAGUGCACAACUUCAACCCACUUCAUCUUGUACAACCCAUCAUGAUCAUAAUCAUACUCAUUUGGUCACAAACAUCCCUAGCUCCUCAUCAACUGAGAAUAUAGCUUUGUUAAGUUGUAUUAAAUUCGACAACUCGAAAUUGCCAAUGUCGUCCUCCUCUUUGGAUCAACCCUCUCAAAACCCUAUUUGUCGUCCUAGUAACAACGAGUUAUCUCAUAAGUUCCCCAGGCCGGAUCAUACCAACACUGAUGCAACGGAACAUGUCACAAAGUUAAAGUCCCUAGAGAAUGAGAGUGGUAAAGAUGAUACCGGUAGAAGAUGGCCGAGAGAUGAAGUUCUAGCAUUAAUCAACAUCAGGUGUAGCCUUUUUAACAACAAUGGCGGUGAUACUAUGACUCACCAUGACCGCGAAAACAACGCUAAAGGUCCUCUAUGGGAGAGGAUCUCGCAAAAGAUGGUGGAAUUAGGGUACAAAAGGAGUGCAAAGAGGUGCAAAGAAAAGUGGGAGAACAUAAACAAGUACUUUAGGAAAACAAAGGACUUGAACAAGAAAAGGUCCAUAGACUCUAGAACUUGUCCUUACUACCACCAGUUAAACCACUUAUACAACCAAGGAACACUAAUGGGUCCUAGCGAUCAACCAAUGAACAACCCCGGAUCACCGGAAAAUGGGACCAUAACACUCUCAGGCCAGUCUCAAGGUAAUGGACUGACUACUCCUGCAAAUAAUGGUGCAACAACUAAUAAAAUGCAUGCUCCUCAAGGUAAUGAGGCCAAUGUGGUCCAAGUACCAGGGUUUGAUUUUGAAUUUUGAGUUUUGAAUAGCAGUUUAAAUUUGUAUGCUUGUGCUGCUAUAAAAUUUUGUACCUUUUGUUCUAUGCUCAACAUUAACUAGCUAUAUACUUAUACAUAUAGCUAGCUAGCUAGCUAAUAUAUGCUAUUAGUAAAUUUUAAUUAUAUUUGGUACUAGUACCACUUUUGUUCUUCUCCUA